GGAAUUAGCCUUUGCUCGUAGACUCGUAGUUCGCAAAUCUCAUUCCUAAUCGCGCGAACUCGCAGAAACGACGAGCACCUAGGUCUGUGGCCUUUCUCCCUUCUUAUGCUCACUUCUCUCUCUGCAACCCUGACUUACUCGGGAAACGAGAAGCUAACAAGAUGCUGCCACAGCGGAUGAAAAAGGCUAUGACAGACAACCCAAAGAAAUUAGCCAAUUUGAUUGACCUCGUAAAUCUCCCUUCAACACUUAGAGAAUUCAUGGGUCAGUCACAGACUUCUCGCUUAGGUUGUUUUAAACGUGUCUGGUCUUACAUCAAGGAAAACAAUCUCCAGGAUCCAAACAACAAGAACUUAGUUAAUUGCGAUGAGAAGUUAAAGAGUAUCUUGUUGGGUAAGCCCCAGGUUGAGCUUACUGAACUACCAACACUGAUCAAGCUGCACUUCCCUAAGGCACCAAGAUGAUCGAGUUUGUUGUAAUGUUUGGUUGAUGUGCUUAUCCUUGAUUUUUUACUAGAUUCCAUGGAUUUUAUGAAGCACUUAGAUUACACAUCUUGGUAAAACGGCUUGCUUACUGUUCAAGGUUCUACAAGUAGAAACAUGUUUCAUCUUCUGUGGAUCUCCACAGUUGAGACCAUAUCUCUCUGUGUAAUUUCCUCCAUUUUUAAUUGUUUUGGGUAAUCUUUAUCGUAUCUCCUUUUUAUCUGUAUCACUCUCUUUACCAUUAUGAGUUAACCAGGCUUCCUUGAUGAACUUCA